AAGUUAGAAGACGAGAAAAGCAGCUAAAAACGAGAGAAAAAAAAGGAAGAAGAGGAGAAAAGAAAACCAGCGAAUCUCUCCUCUUCUGCUUUCCUGAAAUUCUGAGAAAGACAGAGAUGGUGCUGUCGCAGAAGCUUCACGACGCCUUCAAAGGCACCGUAGAGAGAAUCACUGGUCCUCGCACUGUCUCUGCGUUCAAGGAGAAAGGUGUUCUCAGCGUCACCGAAUUCGUCGUCGCUGGCGAUAAUCUCGUUUCCAAAUGUCCCACAUGGUCUUGGGAAUCAGGUGAACCAAGCAAGCGGAAGCCAUACUUGCCACCCGAAAAGCAGUUCUUGAUCACUAGAAAUGUUCCUUGUCUGCGAAGGGCUGCGUCUGUAGAAGAAGAAUAUGAAGCUGCUGGAGGCGAAGUGCUACUUGAUGGUGAAGAUAACGAUGGUUGGCUGGCAACUCAUGGGAAACCAAAAGACAAUAAACAUGACGAGGAUGAUGACUUGCCUUCCAUGGAGAUCCUAGAAAUCAGUCAGAAAAAUCCUAUUCGAUCAAUUCCCUCGUACUUUGGGGGUGAGGAGGAAGAAGAUAUUCCGGACAUGGCUGAGUAUGAUGAACCUGACAACCUUAUUGAAACGGAUCCUGCGACACUUCAGUCUACAUAUCUUGUGGCUGAGGAACCUGAUGAGGAUAAUAUUCUUCGAACCCGAACUUAUGACGUCAGCAUCACGUAUGAUAAAUAUUAUCAAACACCUCGAGUAUGGCUUACUGGCUAUGAUGAGUCAAAGAUGCUUUUGCAGCCUGAACUUGUACUUGAAGAUGUUAGUCAAGACCAUGCACACAAAACGGUAACCAUUGAAGAUCAUCCUCACUUGCCUGGGAAGCAUGCAUCUGUUCAUCCAUGUCGACAUGGAGCCGUGAUGAAAAAAAUUAUUGAUGUUCUAAUGUCACGCGGGGUCGAGCCGGAAGUUGACAAGUACCUUUUCUUAUUCUUGAAAUUUGUGGCCUCUGUAAUUCCAACCAUCGAAUAUGAUUACACUAUGGACUUUGAUGUUGGCAGCUCAAGCAACCGAUGAGAGGUAAUGGCACCUCAUCAAAGUAGGGAUGAAUGCGGGAUAAGAGUGUGGUUUGUAGAAUUUUCCCUCUUGCAUAUAUCCAGCACUAUGUAAUUUUGUUACUUGUUAUUAGUUAAAUGUGUCCUUAUCAAUGCUUGUAAUGUGGCAACGAUUUGUUUUGCCAGAUGGGGAAGCUACAGAUUUCGUGAAAAAAUAAAGCAACAUAUCCUUAGUUACUCCUUAGUAUCUACAAUCGUUCAACUGUACAACAUCCUCAUCCUUUGUAAAUGAAACUUAUAAUCUAAUAAUUUUUGUGCUAGACCGAGCAGUUGUUGAAUUUGUAUUGUAAGUAGUGUUGUGGAGUUGCUGUAUAUAUGCUAAAACGGAGGAAAUCACCUUUACCUUAUAUGUCGUAAUAAGAACACCCCCCUCUCCCUUCUCACUGUUUAUUGUCA